GAGCCCUAUAAAGGCUUUAGAAGACUCUGGACGCACCUCGCUACCACAAAUGCUGCAAGAUGGAUAAAACGCUGGUGUACCUGGUGACAGGAGGUUGUGGUUUCAUUGGAGAGCAUAUUGUGGAGCUGCUGUGCAAGCAAGACUAUAUCAGUGAGGUCCGGGUUUUUGACUCAAUGGCAAGCGAGGAGGUGAAGAAGUUUGCCACAGCCUCCACUUGUGUGACGGUGAUGAAAGGCGACAUCCGAGACUAUGCUCUGCUCCUCUUUGCCAUGAGGGGAGUUCACCUGGUUAUUCACACAGCUGGUAUUGUGGACAUCAUGGACCUUGUUCCCUUUCGGGACAUGGAAGCUGUCAAUGUUGCAGGUACUGAAAACGUGCUGAAGGCCUGCUGUGCCCUGAGCAUCCCAUUUCUUGUCUACACGAGCUCCAUUGCUGCUGUGGGCCCCAACACCCGACGAGAGCCCAUGCUGAGAGGAACAGAAGACACCAAGUACACUGGGGAAGUGGAACUGCCUUAUGGGAAGACAAAAGCCAUGGCAGAAAAACUAGUCCUUGAAGCCAAUGGAAAAGAGCUAAGCAACGGUGGCAAACUUGCGACAUGCAUCAUCCGUCCAAAUACAGUUUAUGGGGAAAAAUACCAGCGUCUAAAGGACUUAUAUACCACUGUCAAAGCCAAAGGGGGACUGCUCAACUACAUAGUACGUGAAGAUACAGAACGUAAUCUAAUAUAUGUAGGGAACGUUGCAUGGAUGCAUGUGCUUGCAGCCCGGAAUCUGCAGCUGAACCCGGAUGUCCUUGCUGGACAGGUAUAUUAUUCCUAUGAUGAUACUCCAGCAAGGAAAAGCUAUUUGGUGCAAUAUCAGCUGUUGACAGGGAUAGACCCAUCCAUCAGGCUGGGCUCAUGCAUACCUUACUGGAAGCUCAGGUUAUUAAUAUAUUUUUAUAGAAUAAUCAAUAUCCUUUUGUACCCCUUCUGGAAACCACGGCCCUUCCUAAACUUGCCAGUCUUGAAUACAAUAAUCACCACAUUCUUCUAUGAGACAGACAAAGCCUUCAGGCACUUUGGGUACACCCCCUUGUAUAGCUGGGAAGAAAGUAAACGCCGAACUAUAGCAUGGCUAAAGUCAGCUACAAUGAACCUGAGAGCACAUCAGCACCAUGGAAAGGAGAUGUAGGUGUCACUUUGAGCAGGGAGCGUAUCCUCUUCAGUGAAUUCUAUUUAGCUACGUCUACACUGGUCAGUCUUGCACGAGAAUAUAUGCAAAUGAGGUGCGGUGAUGAAUAUCGCCUAGCCUCAUUUGCCUACUUAAUGAGCUGCCAUU